GGUGUUUUAUUUAUCCCUUAACGCCCCCCUAAGACUGUCACAGUCACACGAGAAACAAUGAAAGUCGUAAAAAAGUCGGAAAACGGGCUGCAGUUGUACGCGAGAGCCUGCGCUCCCUGCCGGGACUAUUACGGGCUCACCAUCACCGAUUCUUGCCUGAUUUUGAACAUUUGGAGGGUGAGCUACGGACCGCACGCGAGCCCCAAGCAGAAACUGUGCCCCCUGGUCGAUUUCCAGCACUACAAACCCUACCAGGAAGAGGUGAGGGUGGUGUUCGGCGAGGGGGUGUGGCACUACGCGAUGGGGCUCAGCAGGGGCGAGAAAAAGUUGGAGAAUCUGCCCUGGCGCCCCUUUUUCCACCUGCUAAGUUUCCUACGGCUGGAGGAUCUUUUAAAGCUGAUGCGUUGCAGUAAGAUCUUCUACGAGCUUUGUAACCGGGAGGAGGUGUGGCGCUUGAUGUUCGUUAAGAAGUUCGGCAGGAGUCCCUCGAAGGACGAGAACCUGUGGGCGAUAGACUCCUGUUGGAAAACGGUUUUCCAGAAACGUCUCCAGUACGUCAGACGGGCCUUAAAAGAGGCCGAAGAGCGGAAACUGAAGAAGAAACAGGCCUUAAAGGCGGCCCCUCGAAGGAACUAAUUGUUAUACGAGCCAUAUAAUAAAUACUUUUAGUUUAAA